AUGGCGAAGCUCGGAACGGCCGGGCUUGUCUUCGUCACGGUAUUUGCUGGUUUGCUUUGGUGUGUACAUGGUCAGCUUGAAGCCAGGACCCUGUUCAGUCAAUGGAAACAUGAACAUAAUCGACGGUACAAAACGGACGAUGAAGAGAGGGCGAGGUUUGCUACGUUCCAAGACAACCUCCUCAAGAUCGAGAAGCUGAACGCAGAAUACAGUGGGACAGAGUUUGCGACUAACCAGUUCGCAGACAUGUCAGGGGAUGAGUUCAGGUCGAAGAUUCUCAUGCGGCCGCUCCCUCCCCCACAACACCCGAGAGAAAGAUAUUUGCGGGCUGACGGCGAAGUCAAUGACCUACCAGAGGCUUACAACUGGGUGGACCAUGGAGCCGUCACUCCCAUCAAGGAUCAAGGUUCGGCUGGAUCGUGUUGGGCUUUCAGUACCAUAGAGAACCUGGAAGGACAGUGGUUUCUGGCGAAACACCCGCUCACAAACCUGUCGGUGGAACAAGUGGUUGACUGUGAUGACAACACUGACCCCAAAACAGGCAAUGCUGACUGUGGAGUAUUCGGAGGUUGGCCGUACCUUGCAUUUCAAUACAUCAAGCGUGUGGGAGGUAUAGAGAAGGAAGAGGACUACCCGUACUGCAGCGGGUUGGGAGGUGAGAAGGGCACCUGUUUCCCCUGUCCCGCCCCGGCGUACAACGCCAGCAUGUGCGGCCCCGCCGUCAGCUACUGUAACGAGACGGAGAGCUGCGGCUUCAGACUCGACAAGUCCAAAUUUAUCCCGGGACUACAAGUCACUGACUGGGCGGCUAUUGACACGAACGAGACAACCAUUGCCGUACAGUUGAUGAAGAUUGGUCCGCUGUCCGUCGCGCUGAAUGCAGUCCUGUUGCAGUUCUACCACAGGGGGGUGUUCGAGCCGCACUUCUGCGAUCCGAAAAGUCUGGACCACGCUGUUCUGCUGACUGGUUGGGGAGUGGAGAAGACCAUAUUUGGAGAGAAGAAGCCCUACUGGAUCAUCAAGAACUCCUGGGGAAAGAAGUGGGGCAUGGACGGCUACUUCUACAUCAAGCGUGGGGUCGGGCAGUGUGGCAUCAACACUCAAGUUGCUACAGCCAUUCUUCAGAAAACUUAAAGACUUGUCAUGUAACUCUAAAAGCAU